CUUCCGCUGUUAGCUCCAGUGCUCGUGUCCGUGUCCCAGCUCCAGAUCAGCUGCUCUCACUUCAACCAUCAUGUCUCUGGAGGUGGAAUCUGCAGACGUGAUCCGUCUGAUCAUGCAGUAUCUCAAAGAAAACAAUCUGCACCGGACCCUGGUGACCCUGCAGGAGGAGACCACCGUGUCCCUGAACACUGUGGACAGUAUUGAGAGUUUUGUAGCAGACAUCAACAGUGGACACUGGGACACUGUCCUCCAAGCCAUCCAGUCCCUCAAGCUCCCGGACAAGACUCUGAUAGACCUCUAUGAACAGGUUGUGUUGGAGCUGAUUGAGCUCAGAGAGCUGGGAGCUGCUCGUUCUCUUCUCAGGCAGACCGACCCAAUGAUCAUGCUCAAACAAACCCAACCAGAGAGAUACAUCAACCUGGAGAACCUGCUGGCUCGCUCCUACUUCGAUCCCAGAGAGGCGUACCCAGACGGCAGCAGCAAGGAGAAGCGCCGAGCUGCCAUCGCCCACGCCCUGGCCGGGGAGGUCAGUGUGGUGCCGCCCUCUCGUCUCAUGGCUCUGCUGGGACAGUCCCUGAAGUGGCAGCAGCACCAGGGUCUCCUUCCUCCUGGUAUGACCAUCGAUCUGUUCAGGGGUAAAGCUGCAGUGAAAGAUGUGGAGGAGGAGCGUUUCCCUACUCAGCUCUGCAGACACAUCAAGUUUGGACAGAAGUCUCACGUGGAAUGUUCCCGGUUCUCCCCCGACGGUCAGUACCUGGUCACCGGCUCCGUGGACGGAUUCAUCGAGGUCUGGAACUUCACCACCGGCAAAAUCAGAAAGGAUCUGAAGUACCAGGCUCAGGACAACUUCAUGAUGAUGGAGGAUGCCGUGCUGUGUAUGGGCUUCAGCCGGGACACGGAGAUGUUGGCCACCGGAGCCCAGGAUGGAAAGAUCAAGGUUUGGAAGAUCCAGAGCGGUCAGUGUCUGAGGAGAUUCGAACGCGCCCACAGCAAAGGAGUCACGUGUGUGAGCUUCUGUAAAGACAGCAGCCAGCUCCUCAGCGCCUCCUUCGACCAGACCAUCAGAAUCCAUGGACUGAAGUCCGGUAAAACCCUGAAGGAGUUCCGUGGUCACUCCUCAUUUGUCAACGAGGCCACGUUCACACCGGACGGUCACCACAUCCUCAGCGCCUCCUCCGACGGGACAGUGAAGGUCUGGAACAUGAAGACCAGCGAGUGCUCUAACACCUACAAGCCUCUGGGCACGUCGGCCGGCACCGACAUCACCGUCAACAACGUCAUCAUCCUGCCCAAGAACCCGGAGCACUUUGUCGUGUGUAACCGCUCCAACACGGUGGUCAUCAUGAACAUGCAGGGACAGAUCGUGAGGAGCUUCAGCUCCGGUAAGAGGGAAGGUGGAGACUUUGUGUGCUGCACGCUGUCGCCCCGCGGCGAGUGGAUCUACUGCGUGGGAGAAGACUUUGUGCUCUACUGCUUCAGCAUCGUGACGGGCAAACUGGAGAGAACACUGACGAUCCACGAGAAGGAUGUGAUCGGCAUCGCCCACCACCCCCACCAGAACCUCAUCGGCACCUACAGUGAGGACGGCCUUCUGAAGCUGUGGAAGCCUUGAGGUGUGGAAGCCAGGUUGAAACUGGACGUUCUCACUGGGCAGCCGCCCCCCCCCUCUCUGGACUCUGACCCUCCAUCUGUCGUGUUCGUCCACAGUGAACCCCCCCAUCCCCCCCCCGGGUUCGUGUGGACGCUCACGCCGAUGAUCCGUCACAUUCAGCUGCAUGUUUUCAAGUGGAAUUGGUCGUUGUGUGUAAUUAAUAAAAAAACAAAUGUUGUGUGAUUGAGAACAUGCAGCUGGAUGUUUGUGCAGCGGAGCUUUGUUUACCUCGACCUCUGAAAAUGUUUCUUUCAUUUCCUCAAAUCUGACUCUUUUAUAUCUUUUAAAUUGAGACGUUUCCCAUUUCUCUCAUCACAAAGGUUUCACGACCCUUUGACCCUUUGACCCCGGAGGGUUCAGGUCCAGUUGAGGAGUCAGAUGUUCCGAAUGAGAUAGAAACAAGACUCUAAUUCUUGUUUUGAAAAUUCCAUUUUUUUGUAAAUAUAUUUUUUUACAUCUUUUUUUUUCAACAAGACCUGGUUAAAAAGUUGUGUGUCUUUCCUCAAGUCACACUGUCGCCUUCUGCAACAUAGAACAACACAUUUCAGUUUUAUAAGUCAUCCUCUCUCCUCCCUUUUCAAAACGUGAAUUUGUAGAGACUUAAUAUUUCUGUCUUUUUUUCUUAAUCAGGCAUGUUUUUUAUUUCUUAUUCCUGGAGUUAGGCCCCCGGGUGAUUUAGGAAACUUCACACAAACCACAGGUUGUGUAACUGAUGUUCAAGUGUCCCGUGUGUUUCUUGUCUUUGCCAUUAAAGCUAUUUAACCAGAA